GGAGGAGGGAGGAUCGACUGAUGGGACGGGAUUGGUGGCGACAGGGGGAGCGGUGCAUCACUGUUUGCCCGUCAGCACAUCCUCGCUGACAACCAUUGGCCUGUCCGUCAGCAGUCGCUAGUGUCGCUGUCACCAUUACUGAAGGUCACCAAACCCCUGAGAGCCUCCAGGGUUCACAGCUCAAAUCCCCUUCAGUGCCAGCCUGUCCGUUAAUACGCACCUACUGUCUGCGGCAGCUCUCUGUGUGGUCCGCCUCCAUGUUCCAUCAACAGCAAAGAGGAAACGAUGACAGUGAGCCAGUGGACAGUAUGUACGACACAGAGGCUGACCUUCCCGGUUUAGUGGCCGGAAGCGGAGGUGGUGCCGACAGCCCAGAAGAUGAUGCAGAAGACGGCAUCGUCAACAUGUCCCCCUUGCCCUCACCGACUCCUUCCCAUCCAAACAACAACCAUCACCACCUGCUGCACCCCCACAUCUACGCCACCCACCACCACCACCUUCACAACAACAGCAACAGCAGCAGUAAUGACCAGGACUUCACCACACCCAAGGAAGGCUCGCCGUAUGAGGCGCCUGUCUACAUUCCAGAUGACAUUCCCAUUCCCAGUGACCUGGAGCUGCGGGAGUCCUCUGUGCCCGGUGCUGGCCUUGGUGUUUGGGCCAAGACCCGCAUUGGUGCUGGCGAGAGGUUUGGUCUGCACAGCACGCUGCAUCAUGGGGCCACAGGCAAAGACAGCUCCUUUGGAUGGGAGCAGAUGAUGAAUGACCAUGAAGAAGCCUCCCCCGACAGUUGCAUCAAAAAGGUGGUAGAUGACAUGGGCAACAUCAAGUUUGCACUGGACACAGGCCCGGACACCAACAGCAACAGCUGGCUCAAAUAUGUCCGCUCUGCCCCGUCAUUUGAGGAGCAGAAUCUUGCAGCCUGUCACCUCACUGGAGACCAGGUUUAUUAUAAAGCUGUCCGGGACAUUGAAGCAGGGGAGGAGCUUUUAGUGUAUAUGAAGGACGGUAUUUUCCCCGAGGGAUCCAUGGCACCCAACCUACAAGACGAGCAGAUGUAUCGCUGUGAAGACUGCGAUGAACUGUUCUCGUCAACACUUGAGCUGCGGCGGCACCAGAAGUAUUCGUGCUCCAGCACCGGCUCCAUCUUUGACACACUGAGAGAAGACUUCAAACAGGAACGCGAGGACAGCGACGAGCCUGUCCACGAGUGUAAAGACUGUGAGAAGAUCUUCCCAAAUGAGUACAGUCUGGGCCAACACAUGAUAGUCCAUACCGAGGAGAGAGAGUACAAGUGUGACCAGUGCCCCAAAGCCUUCAACUGGAAGUCCAACCUCAUCCGUCACCAGAUGUCACAUGACAGUGGCAAGCGCUUUGAGUGUGAAAACUGUGAUAAGGUACAGCAUACCCAGCACGUGUUCACAGAUCCCAGCAACCUUCAGCGCCACAUCCGCUCUCAGCACGUGGGGGCACGCGCUCACACAUGUCCUGAGUGUGGCAAGACCUUUGCCACUUCGUCAGGCCUCAAGCAGCAUAAGCACAUCCACAGCAGUGUCAAACCCUUUAUCUGCGAAGUGUGCCACAAAUCCUACACCCAGUUCUCCAACCUCUGCCGUCACAAGCGUAUGCAUGCUGACUGCCGCACCCAGAUCAAGUGUAAGGACUGUGGGCAGUUGUUCAGCACUACCUCCUCCCUCAACAAGCAUCGUCGAUUCUGUGAGGGAAAAAACCAUUAUGGUUCUCCCGCAGGAAUGUUCAACCCUGGCAUCCCCAUGAGCUCCAGCCCCAUCAUGGCCAAGGCCAAGUCCCACCAUCCCCACCUUGCAGGUCUAAACCAGUCAGGUUUAGGCUUCACUGAAUACUUUCCCUCCCGACCUAACCCUCAUGCUGGCUUGCCCUUCUCCCCAGGACCCCAUGGCUUCCCAUCCCUACCACAUGGCUUCCCAGGUAUAUUCCCCCCAUCACUGUAUCCACGACCACCUUUAUUGCCGGCAAGUCCGUUGAUAAAGAGCCCGCUGAGCAGCAGUCAGGAAGUGAAACUUCCUCGGAGUCCACUUGAUGCCCCUCCACUGUCCUUGGUCAGCUCCACAAACAGCAAUGGAGGAAACAGUUUCAGUCAGCCAGAAGAUAAAGAAAAAGAGAACAAACUGGAUUUGUCUUCAAGUGGAGAAAUGAAAACAAAAUCCAAGAUGGCCGACAUGUCUGACGGUAGUGACCUUGAAGAUGUUAAUACCACAAGUGGGACAGAUUUGGACACCACCACUGGUACUGCUUCAGGUGAUGGUUCAGACCUGGACAGCGAUGGAGAUAGUGAACGUGAACGAAGUGGUAAAAGAAGGAAGCCAUCUGGGGCCGUAUCAAAUCAAGAAGGCCACCAGUUAGAAGACACAAACAGUGCAUUGAUAUCAGGUGUGUCUAGUUCGGGGAACCUCGCUGUUGAUCGUUCCUUUCUUUCUCCUGUAUCAUCCCAGCACUCCUUCUUCCCACCGCCUGAUGAACAAGCCCUCCCACCUACUACCACAAAUGCCAAUGCUGCCACCACAGAUUCCAUCAAAGCCAUAGCCUCUAUUGCUGAGAAAUAUUUUGGUCCAGGUUUGAUUGGUCUCCAUCAGGAGAAGAAGAUGGGUCCAUUGCCCUACCAUUCCAUGUUUCCCUUCCAGUUCCUGCCCAACUUCCACAACUCGCUCUAUCCCUUCAGCGCUGAUCGAGGUGCCCUCAAUCCUAGCAUGUUCUUUAAGGCGGAGCCCAAGUCACCACGUGAGCAGCUGCACAAAAUGGUUUCUGGUACCCCAGGAGCUCCUGCUUCAACAGCUGAUUCACCAUUUGAUCUUACCAUAAAGCCCAAGGAGACAAAGUUGGCUCCUCCAACACCAACAAAGCCCUCUAACCCCAACAGUAGUACUGAGAGCAGUGGUGGAAAUUUAGCAAUAUCUAGCAGUGAAGAACAGCCAUUAGACCUCAGCAUUGGCAGCCGGAGUCGAGGUGGUCAGAAUGGUGUGGCAGCUGAGCCACAGAAUAGAAAAAACCACAUCUUUGGUGUUGGAAAGGGGGUCUCCAUCAAAGACGAAACCCCAGCUGGUUUUCCACACCCUCAUUCCCAGUUAUUGCACCAAUCCUCCAUUGCCCAGCACCAGCAGCCUCAGACACAGCCACACCAGCCGCCACCCUUGCACUACGCCAAGCCCUCAGCAUUCUUCAUGGACCCCAUAUACAGCAGGGUGGAGAAGAGGAAGUUACUUGACCCUGUAGGAGCUCUGAAGGAAAAGUUCCUUCGGCCCUCACCACCACUCUUCCAUCCACAGAUGUCGGCCAUGGAGAACAUGACAGAGAAGCUGGAGAGCUUUGGUGCUCUAAAACUGGAUGCGCCGCCCAAUUCACUGCAACACUCUGCUCAUCCACUGUUCAAUUUUCGCUCGCCACCGCCUUCCCUCUCAGACGCCAUCCUCCGCAAGGGCAAGGAGCGUUACGCUUGCAGGUACUGUGGGAAAAUCUUCCCUCGUUCGGCAAACCUCACCAGACACUUGCGGACACACACAGGGGAACAACCCUACAGGUGUAAAUACUGUGACCGCUCAUUCAGCAUCUCAUCCAAUCUUCAACGCCACGUUCGCAACAUCCAUAACAAGGAGAAACCCUUCAAGUGUCACUUGUGCAACCGCUGCUUUGGUCAGCAAACCAACCUCGACCGUCAUCUCAAGAAGCAUGAACACGAGAACAUUCCUGUGAGCCAACAGUCCGGGAUGCUUUCCAACCUAGGAACCACCAUCUCCUCCCCAAAUUCCGAGCCAGACAAUCAUGCACUUUUAGAUGAGAAGGAGGACUCAUACUUCUCAGAAAUCCGCAACUUCAUUUCCAACAGUGAGAUGAACCAGGCCUCCAGCUCCACGGAUAAGAGGUCAGACCAGACUGAGGAGGAGCACCCACCCAGCCACAGUUUGUCCAACUCUAAGCUAGGGCUCCAGGGGCUGGAGGAGGAGGAAGAGGAAGUGGAGGGCGAUGAUGAGGAGGAAGAGGAAGGCAGCCUGACAGAGAAGUCUCACGAUGAGGCGCCCGAGUCCCCAUCUCCCAUCACAACCGGAGUGUAUGAGGAGGACGAGGAGGAGGAAGAGACGGAGACGGCUCCAUUAGCUAUGAGCUAUGAACACACUCGCAGGUGUAUAGAGGAGGAGGGUUCUCUCUUGGACCUGGAGGGUCUGCCGAGCUUUCCCAAGAGCCUGGAGGGGUUACGUAAAGCAGCCAGUGGCCAGCAACCAUUUGAUGUUAAAGACAUAUUUAAUACUUCACUAGAGUCGGAGGCAUUGAAAGAGACAUUGUACAGGCAGGCUAAAACCCAGGCUUAUGCAAUGAUGCUGUCUCUCUCGGAAAACAACCCUUUGCACGGGCCCUCCCAGAACUCUCUGGAUGCUUGGCUGAGCAUGGGAGGUGGACCGUCUGAGACGAGCAGCUUUCACCCGCUCAACCACAUCUAGACAAGAAAGAGAUAGAGAGGAAGUGGGAGGACGAGUAUGGAAGCAAGAGACUGAGUGGACAUGAGUAGUGAGAAGACGUGGAGACUGGAGAAGAAUUCAGUGUCACGUACAUUCAAGAUAGGAAGGAUAUGUUCGUGUGGAUAUGUGUGUGUUCAUUUGUGUGUGUUUGUGUGUGUGAGUGACUGAGAGAAAGGAGGAAGAGACUGUCCAUGUUGAGGCGUCUCGCAAGACUCUGUCAAAGAGAAAGCACUGCUAAGCUCCUGUUGAUGUGAAGGACACGAUGAAUGCUUCUCAGCAGCAUUGAAACUCUGCAUUACUCUGAUCCUCCCAAAGUCCACAAGGCUCACCCCAGCACCACAGAGACCCUAUGUAAGGCUCUCAUAAAGACACUUAAUGACUUGUAUGUCUCUAAAGUCUGUGUACACCGCCUACUACAAGCACUGCAACAUCAGCACUGCAUUAGCACUGCAUGUCCACAAGGUGGUGCUGUUUCACUAGGAACAUAGUGGGCGCGUGCGCUGUUUGUCUCCAGGUUUCCCCCAUCAUUCACGGGCGACUCAUUUACUGAUCUUGUUUCAGUUAUAACUGCAGAAUCAACAGUAGCACCACGCUAAAUGUUACUUGAGGAAAUGACAGUUCCAGUAGACUGUUGAUUUUUGAAUGAUUACAUGGAGAAUGAUGUUCAAAUGUGCACAGCAAGUGGCGAUUUGAAUGAGCUAUCUGGGACGCUAGCCAUCACAGUUGGUCGCCCAGUUUGAUCAUGCUGAUAAUGAACUUAAAUCAUACUCAAAAAAUGAGGAAAGUCUUUCUCUGCUUGUUUAUUUCAUCUUCAUUUGUUAAUUUUAUUUACUUUCUUCUUAGAUACAACAGUAUUGUUUCUUUGUAGGCACCACAGUGCUAAAUUGUUAAUAUAAUUAUUUUAGAGAAGGACCAAAAUUGUAUGAUAUUGUCAUAUGAUGUACAAAAUAACCUAGAUGUUCAUAGCAAGAGUGGUAUGUGCCAAAUAACCCAUAGAAAAUGUUUUGUUCUCUGACAAUCAUUUCAUUUCCAAGAGGCUUGCCUUUGCUCUCAUAGUUUGUUUGUUUUUUCGUAUUACUCUUAUUAUAAAUUUGAUUUCAGAAGUGUGUAUGUAUUUAUUUUUUUGGUUGUUUUGUCAUGACUGGAGGAGUGAAAAUGAAGAAAAGUCAUUUUAUCCCUCUUCUUGUUGCUGAAGGAAUGAACGCCUAUCAGAGCAUGAGGGAGAUUCUUAAUCUCUGGUUUUGAUGCGUUAGUGUGCCAAAAUGGAAAGAACCCAUGAAAUUAAUUGUUUUUAUUUAUAGUGAAAGUUAGUUGUAGUUAGUUUUAGGUCCUAUUUGGCAUUGUAACAUCUUGCAGUGUUUAGGGUUUUUUUUUUUCUUGUUUCAGUUCAACCGUUUUACCCAGUAUGCUGAAUGUGUCUUGUUCAAAUUGG